AAAAUUCUAAUACUCGAUGGAGGUAUUUCUACAUACAUGACAGAAUUAGGACUAGAAUUGAAUGGUUCCUUGUGGGGAGCAAAUUAUUUACUGGAAAAUCCGAAAGCCAUCGCGAAGGUACAUUCCGAUUAUGUUCAUGAGGGAUUGUGUGAUAUUUGCACAAGUAGUAGUUAUCAAAUUUCUCAGGAGGGACUUGCUGCUGAUCAUGUUUCAAUGAAGGAGGAGGAAAGAAUUGAAUUGGCCAGUAGGAUGUUUCGGGAUUCUGUUCAGAUUGCUAGAAAAGUUGUUAGAGAGAAGGAGAAAUUGGUGGCUGCAAGUGUUAGUUGUUUUGGAGCAUCAAUUUCAAAUUUACUUGGAGAGGCAAAGGAAUAUUUUGGUGAUUAUUUGGAUGAGGAUGCUGAUUCGAAUAGUGGACAUUAUGUUCACAAGUUUGUGAAACAAUUGAGUGAAAAAUUGGGUGAAACUUUGGAAAAAUCUGGAAUGGAACAAGUAAUUUAUGAUUUUCACUAUCCAAGAGUGAGAGAAUUGAUAUUGGCUGAGCCAGAUUUUAUCUUGUUGGAGACAAUGCCUGUUUUGAAGGAAGUUGAAAUUUUAUGUGAUCGAGUCAUUCCAGAUAUUUUGAAGGAGUUGAAUAAGAAAGGUAUCAAAGUGAUGAUAUCAUUCUAUUGUAAAGAUGGCUUACACACUGGACAUGGAGAAAGUAUUGAGAAAUGUGUCGAGUAUGUCAAUCAAGAUAGGUUUAAUCCAUCAUUAUUUGAGAUUUUUGCUGUUGGGGCAAACUGUAUUUCUCCAUCUAUAGUUCCAAUUUUAAUUGAAAAUAUUCACACUCAUCUCAGAAAGGAUAUUUCCAUCAUUCUCUAUCCUAACAGUGGUGAAAUUUACGAUAAUCUCACAAAAUCUUGGAGCAUACCACAGGGUGGAUUGGAUUGGCUUUAUGAUAGAGAUUUUAUUCCAUUCAUCAAGAAAUGGAGUGAAAACCAUCCAGAAAGAAAGUUGGUAAUUGGUGGCUGUUGUAGAACUAAUCCAAGAAAUAUUAAGAAAUUGGCCAAUUCCUUAAACCAUUAG